AUGCACACCUUUCAUCCCGUAUCGCCAUCGCUACAGACCACACAUAUUCGUUACAUCGCCAUUUUUACUGCCGACAUGUCGAUAAGCAAUCGUUUACCGUACGGCGUUGCCCGAGAGCAGGCCCUCAUAGCUCAACAGAACAGAAACAACGCGCCCAGCAACUGGCCUGAGUCCUCUCGCUCCCCACCCACUUUCAAGGAAGGUGAUCCGAUACGGAAAACUGAUACACAUCGCCCACAAGCAGGAGUCAACGCAGCAGUAAAACCCAAAGGAGUAAAUGACCCGUUCGACGACUCACACAGCGUACACAUCAAGGACACCAACUCGUUCACGUACUGGAAAUGCCCGAGGUGUCAGUCGCAGCGGGUGAGGUCCCCAGAGCGGCUGAUGAACCUGGCACGGACCGGUCGGUAUUUCUUCGAAUGCAGUGCCCCAAACUGCGGCACGGCGCUGGUAGUCAUAAGGAGGAAAGACAGUGCCCUCGAUACUGUGGAAGAACUCCGAGAACCACUUGUUGAGGGCGAGCUUACGAUCCAUGGAAAGAACGAGGUUGUUCCUACGACCAAAUUGCUCAAGAAGAUGAAGAAGAAGAGGCGCAUUACAAAGAAGCUUGAGAGAGUGAAGAAAGGCUGGGCGAAGAGCAAGCGCUUUGUUCGAGAGAAAGGCAAGGCUUUCGUAGGCACUCUCGGUUGGUUGAAUAGACCCACGGCCGACUCGGAUACCAGCGAGUCUGUUAAAGUGGUGACGGCACCGCUCAAGUCGGUCUCACAAGACCGACCAGAUGUACCACCACCGUUGACACUCUCCACUCUCCAGCUCUCGAAACGAGUCAAGUCCGACACACGGCUUGCAAGUUCGACACCAGCAAGCCAACCUUUGCGAAGUGUGAGUGACGGGAGUGGUGGUAGCAGGAGGGAUCACCACCCUCAAGAGCCACCAGACUCGCAACGGUUCUCUCGGUCUUCGGACAUUGAUUCAGACCAGGCGUCGUUCGCUUCGAGAAGAACCGAAGAGAUGAUGGAGGCCUCCGGACCCGCGCAUUCGCUGAACGCCAUUGUAGCAGGGCCGCCGAACGAGCUCAUGCAACAGGCCAAAGAAAAAGGCAAGCGGCCAGUGAAGGCUACCGAGUUGUUCCUGCAGUGCCGCUUCUGUUCGGCGACAUUUUCCGGCGAUGAUGCACUGCUACUACACGUCACGUCAAGCCACAGUGAGAUGGGAGGCAAGCUGCCCGUUCAACCGUCGAGCACGGACUUGAGUCGAGGGGUUGGACGAAAGCCGUCUCAACAGGACAAGCGCAGUCUUUGCGAGGGAGAAGAGGAAGAAGAAGGACACGGAGAAGAGGACAGUGUUUACGAUGAUGACGAGGAGCUGUACCCGCAGUGCCAAUACUGCCCACACACGUUCAACUCUGACACAGGACGUCUGAAGCACCAAGCAGAAGCGCACCCUGACGAAGUGGAGAGAGAGGUUUGGGCAGUGCGGACAUUGUGA